UUUAUUCAGCCUGUCACUGCAGGAGUUUCUUCAACCUGACAAACCAAACAGAAGAUUCACUGACUCCAUCUAGUGGACACAUCUGAGACGCAGCCCUGGAUGUGUUGUGAUGUAAAAAUAGGAGGAGGGAAGCCGGCUCGUUAUCCAGGACAGAGAGUCAAACUUCAAGCUGAAGGAGCGUCGAGAAGACGAUCAGCGGAGCCGGAGAGGAAGGAAGAAACAGGACGGAUUCAGAGAAACAGGAAACACAAUGUUGUCCAAAAAGGAAGAGAAGAGAUCGUUCAGCAACGGCCGACUGAGAGACCAGUGGGAGAAAAUAGCCCAGAACGAGGCAGACCAGUGCAAACAGGAGGCUGAAUGGAAACGGAAAAGCUCCGUUAAAGUUCUUUUCUCAAAGUGGACCUACCACUGGUCCAACGGAGACCAGCUGAAGGACGAGAUUUCCGACUUCAGGAGGGCGACGACCCGGACAGACGACGAAGAAAAAAAGCCUAAAAUCAAAUUCAAAAUCGUUCCUCCACCUCCAAAGGUCAAAGCGGAGCCUCCGCCGCCACCGCCGCCCCCCAGGAGGUCUUCCUCCCCGAAACGUCACAGGCAAAAACGCAAAGUGGAAGUGGACGUGUUUGGGUUGUGCUGGAGGGAGUCCUGGAUGAGCCUGAAGCCGCCAAAGUACCUUUACCUGAAGGCCAGAGAGGCCAAAGAGAGGAGGACCCUGCUGAUGACCUUAGAGUGUCCCAGGAACAGGAAGUACAAAUCACAGACGUGUGGACUGGACCCGGACGGGACGGGUCCGGUUUCUAGUUGGAGUCUUUCCUGGAAGCAGGCGAAAAGCCCGGCUCAGUCAGAGCAAUCAGAGGACAGAGACUUUGAGUGGGACACUCUGUUUGAAAGGACGCUGGUCAGCAAAGUGGCAAUAGGAGAAUAUGGUCUUCCUUCCUGGGCCGGAACAUGGAAGAUCAUGAACUUUCCCUUCAGGCAGCAGAAGAAGAACUGGGACUGCGGAUGGGAAAGCUACCAACAGGAGCCGAGCGACAAGGCCGAUAAGUUUGAGCUCAUUCAAGAGCAGCUGGAUGAGGACGAACCUGAAGGCUGGGAGGAUUCAUGGAGGCUCUCAGCAGAAGAAGAUCCAACGGACGGGCCCGCCACGUUCACAGUGGAAAUGAGCGACUGGCUGAUGCCCGGAUGGAGCAAAUCCUGCCUGCUGGCUGCAGCUCUGCCUGAGGAAUACGAAGAGCGGCAGAAGAGCUGGAGCUCCUGCUGGGGCCUCCAGCAGGAGCUCAGGUGGCGUCAGCCGUCCGUCUCGUCCGCCCAUCACCAUACCAAGCAGAUGUCCAGGAGACGGAGAGCCAUAAACGUUUUCCUGUUGUCCGAUCUGGACCGGUCUGGUCUGAGCGACUGGACGGAGGCCUGGAAGGCUCCAAAAGGACAGAAAAGACCGAAAGACGAUAAAGAGCGGGAGGAAGGAGAAGGAACUGACGAAGAGGAGGAUGAGGAUGAAGGAAUGGAGGAAGAAGAGGAGGAUGAAGAGGAGGAGGAGAACAGGACAAACAAGUUCCAAAACUUCAACAAGAACAAGGUCGAGGAAAAAGAGGAAGAGGAGGAUGAGGGUCUAGAUGAAGAGGAGGAAGAUGAAGAAGAUGAGAAGGAAAAUGGUGAAAAGGAAACGGAGAGAGGAAUCGAUGAGGAGAGUGAAGCUGAGGAAGAGGAGAAACUUAAGAGUGUCAGAGUGAUGAAGGAGGAGGAAGAAAAAUGUGACAGUGCAGAUGAGGAAGAGGAGGAGGACAACGAAUCAGCUGACAGGACGAAGGAUGAAGAGGAAAUUUAUGAGGAAGAGGAAGAAAACGGCAAAACAAACAAAACCGAAAGUCAAAAGCUUAAAACCGAGCAGAGCAAGAAGGAUGAAGAAGAGGAGGAAGAGGAGGAUGCUGAAGAUGAGGAAGAGGAGGAUGCUGAAGAUGAGGAAGAGGAGGAAAAUCAGACCAAUGAUGAAGAAAGACAUGAAAAUGCCAAAACAAAAGAAACAGAAAGUCAAGAUCCAGUAACUGAGCUGAAGAAGAAGAAUGCUGAAGAUGAGGAUGAGGAAGAUGCUGAAGAUGAGGAUGAGGAAGAAGAGGAAGACAGUGGAGCCAAUAAAGAGGAAGAAAUGCAAGAAAACGGCAAAUCAAAAACGAAAAGUCAAGAUGCAGUAGAGCAAAGGAAGGAGGAUGCUGAAGAUGAGGAAGAGGAGGAUGCUGAAGAUGAUGAGGAGGAGGAUGCUGAAGAUGAGGAAGAAAGGAAGGAAAUCAACAGAGCAGAAAAAGCCGAGAAGGAGGAAAAGAAUGAAACAAAGUUGGGAAAAGACAAAGAAGAAGAUGAUGAAGAGGAGGAGUUUCUGGAGUUUGAUGAAGAAAGCGGCAAAAGUAAAGGAGAUGAAGAGGAGGAAGAGGAAACAGAGGAAGACUAUGAAGAUGCAGAUGAAGAGGGCGAAGAACGAGAGAAGGAAAAAGAAAAAGAAAAGGAUGAAGAUGUAAACCUGGAAGAGGAAGAGGAGGAUGAAGAGAACCCGGAUUUAGAAGACGAUGAUGAAGAAGAAGAGGAAGAGCAGGAAGAAAUGAACAGAAAACAAGAGGAAGAGGAAGAGGAGGAGGUUAAAGAUGAAGGACAGAGAAACAAAGAGGAGAAGGAGGAAGAUGAGGAUGAUGAUAGCCUGGAUGUAGAAGAUGAAGAGGAGGAGAGAGAAAAGGAGAGAAAAACAGAAAAGAAGGAGGAAGAGGAGAAGAAGGACAUUGUAGAGGAUGAUGAAGAUGAUGAGGAAGAGGAUGAUGAAGACAAUAAUGAAGAGGAUGAUGAAGAGGAGGAAGAAGAGACAAAAGAAAACGAAAAGCUGAAAGAUGAAAAUAACGACGAGGAUGAAGAUGGAAACAUUCACAGGAUGAAGAUGGAAACCAAACAAAGACGCUGCGAAGAUGAGGAGAACAAUGAGGAAGAGGAGGAUGAGGAAGAGCAGGAGAGCUCUGAGGAAGACGAGGGGGAAGAUGAUGAAGAGGACAGUAAGAUGGAGGAGGAAGAAAUCAACAAAAACAAAGAUGAAGGUGAGAAAGACGGAGAAACUGAUGAAGAAAAUCCUGUGGAGGGAAAAGCUGAGAAACAAGCGGAGGAAGAGGAGGAGCAUGAAGAGCAAGAGAAGAAGAGCGGCGUUCUAAAACAGACGAAGAAGAAGAAGCAGAAACGAGUGAAAAGCAAACCCGACGCUCCGCUUCACCUGCAGUUCCACAAGCUGAACGCCUCCUUCUCCUCGUGGCGGCGCUCCUGGAUGGUCGCCGUCGCUCACCGCGGAGGAGCCGACGACGAAGACGACGCCGAGGACGAGGACGAGGAAGAGGAGGGAGAGGAGUGGCGGGCCUGGAAGGAGUCCUGGAGAAUCUGCCGCUGGAGGAAGACGGACGAAGACGAAGUGAUGAGCUUCUCCCAGGAGCACCGGAGGCGCCGGGACGCCAUCCAGGAAGUGGACGAAAGGACAAACAGGAAGUGGGCUCUGAGCUGGAAAAUGAACACAGCUAACGGCGGACAUGAGGAAGAUGAAGAGGAGGAGGAAGAUGAAGAGGAGGAUGAAAGCUGAAAUGUGAUCAAACAUUAUGAACUGAGACAUUUUAAUAAACUUUGAUCUCAUUUCAGGUUUUUUUUAACCAUUUUUAGGUGUAAAAAUAAAAACAACCAAAACUUUCCUGGAUCCUACAAGAUGCUUCCCAGCAGCCGUUCACCGCUAGCUGAAGCGUUAGCUACAUAAACAUUAGCUCUGCUAACAAAAAAAAAAAGCUACAGCUACAUAGUAUUUUACAGAUGCUAAUGCUAAAGCAUGAAACUGCACAAUCUCAGGAAACUAUUCUGUGAAUUCUGGUGAAGUAACCUGAGUUCAAAGGUCAGGACCCCGAGGACGACAGAGGAAAACAAACCUUUACGGCUAACACUGGAUGGUUUAUGAAGAGCAUUGAUCACUUUAAGAUAAAUAAACAACCUGCAAGUUCCAGAAAUAUCAUCUGUAAAUUCUUUAGAGGAAAUAUGAGGAAGUUCUCCAUGUUUUGUGAAAGUAGCCUGAAGUUAGCGUAGCCUUUCUGACUGAAAGAUUUUAGCUUCACCUACCAGGAGAUUUUGGAAAUUUAAGUUUCUCUGUGAAAGUAACAUGUAAGUUCCAGGAAAAUAACAUGUAGAUUAGAAAGCAAAAGUUAAAACUGUCUGUUAAUAUUUGUACAAAAAUGUAAAUUGUA